AUGAUCCAAGAACUGUUGGGUGCUGCUACUGCUACCCUCGUAGCAGGAGAAAGAAAAAUCUCCACUAAUAAUGGUGGAGGAGGAGGAGGACUUCUAGUAACACCACCCACACCAUCUUUUCCUUCUCCAUCUCCUUCUUGCAAAUCAACUAUCACUACUUCCACUAACACCGCCACCUCGUCAAACUCGGACAACCAAAAUUUGAGGUGCCCUCGUUGUGAUUCAUCAAACACAAAGUUUUGUUACUACAACAACUACAACCUCACUCAGCCUCGCCACUUCUGCAAGACAUGUCGCCGGUACUGGACCAAAGGCGGUGCCCUCAGGAAUGUUCCCAUCGGAGGUGGCUGCCGGAAAAGCAAGAGCUCCGGCAUGUCCAACUCUGUGGCAAAGCAGACCGCCACAAAGAUGAAAGCAGUGGCAUCAGAGUUCGCACGGCCUCAGGGACUCUUUGACCAAGACCUUCCACAAACCCCAAUCCUGUGGGGUUCACCGCAAAAUACUCAACUGAUGGCUUUACUAAGAGCUACCCAUAACCAUAACCAAAACCAAAACCGAAACCCUAACCCUAACCCUAGUCCCAUGUCAAUUGCUGUCAAGGGAGAAGGGAACUUAAUGGAAUCUCACUCCCACAUGGUCACUGAGCCAUUGCUCGCAAAUGGGUUGUUGAAUAGUACUAGAACUAGUGUAGGCUAUGAUGGUGUGGGAGAACUUCCUUCACUGGGUCUAUGCAGCUCCUUUUGGAGGAACAAUAAUCAAGAUCAGAUUCAGCAACAAAGCAACGGUUUUGUACUUGGAGAACAUCAAAGUAGUGGAGUUCAAGAACUUUACCAGAAGCUCAGGUCAUCAUCAUCAUCAGUUAAUUAUUGUGGCAGUGAUAACUCACCAGUGUUUCUAGGCAACAUGACUUCUUCCUCUUCUUUGUCCAACAUUUUGGAGUCAUCUUCAGUUUCUGGCAGUGAAUUCGGGUGCUGGAAUCCAACCCUUUCCUGGUCUGAUCUUCCCACAACAAGUGGAGCAUAUCCUUAA